CGAACUAAGGAAAGGCUUCAUGUCGUUAGCUCUCUGCACACCUGGAAAUGAAAUUUUGUCCUCAGUCAGAGAUGGUGAUCAGAUGGGAUUUCUGUGUGCUCCUCUCAAUGGUUUUGCUCGCUACCCAGGCUUUCCCACAGACAAACAUUAAAAUCAGCCAAGCUAUGCCAGAGCCAGUUCAGUCCUACUCCUGCCCACUGUUUUGGACAGAAUAUGAAGGGUACUGUUACAGAUACUUUCCUAUCAAUAAAACAUGGGCUGAAGCCGAUCUCUAUUGUGCGGAAUUUUCCAUUGGCAUAAAAUCAGCCAAAUUAGCAUCAAUUCACAGCUGGGAAGAGAAUGUCUUUGUAUAUGACCUGGUAAACAGCCGAGUGCCUGGAAUACCCACCGAUAUCUGGAUGGGACUUCAUGACCUAAGACAGGAAGGCCACUUUGAAUGGACAGAUGGUUCUUCCUAUGACUAUAACUACUGGGAUGGCAACCAGCCAGAUGAUGGGAUCCACUCUAUUCCAGAAGAGGAGGACUGUGUACAGAUCUGGUACAGAUAUAACAGUGCUUUACGCUCGUGGAAUGACAACAGCUGCAACAGAGAAUUCCCAUUUGUCUGCAAGAUUCCAUCACUGGCAAUUGAUUAGCUCGCUCCCACAGUAGCAAACAGCAGCAGUCAACCUACUAAACUACUGGAUUAAAGUCAGUCUGACUAAAGGCAUAUUUUAUAUUAGAGACAAUUUUAGUGGUUCAGAUAACUAGUUAUAUGUCUGAAAAUACCUUACCUGCCUCUUGCUUUUGUCCAUGCUAUGGCUGACCAAAGAGCAUUGGUGAACAGUCAAGCCAGUACAUUUAUCAUGGUCUAGGAACAAUUUCAGUGUUGUGCCGCCACCCAGACCUCUGUGACUGAAA